AUGGCUUCCACCGAGAAGGAGCAGCCCGUCACGGACCCCGUCCAAGCCGUGGACAGCAGCUCCCAGGACGAAGGCAUCCACGAAUACCGAGAAGCUAAGGGCUACGAGGUCGACGUUGAGGAUGCCGCCGCCGCCGGCGGCGCAGUCAAGCUCGCAAAGGAUGGCCGGACUCGCCUAAUUCCACGGCCUAGUGACGACCCUGCCGAUCCGCUGAACUGGAGUCAACGAAAGAAGAACAUCAUCUUGGCGGUUGUCGCAUUUUGCGCGCUUCUGCCUGACUAUGGCUCGGCGACUGGUGCGGUUACUCUGCUUCCACAGGCUGCGCAAUGGAACAUGACCGAAGAUGAGGUGAAUGCCUCGCAGGUCGGCAACGUGUUCAUGCUGGGAGCUGGAGGUAUCUUCGGUAAGGUCAACCCGAAGAGGCGAUUGCAGACCCUUGCAGCUGGCAUUGAUGCUGACAAGGGUGUAGUUGUGGCCUUCAGUGCCUUUUUCGGCCGACUGCCGGUCAUGUUCUACUUCCUCGUCGUCGCCCUCCCUACCGCAGCCUGGUGUGCUGCCGCAACAAACUUCGAGUCGUUCGAGACAGCUCGCAUCCUCAACGGCUUCUUCUCGACGGUGUCGCAAGUCAACGGAUUGAUCAUCAUCCAGGACAUGUUCUUCUUUCACGAGCGCGCACGGAAGAUCAACAUCUGGGCGUCUUUCUUCGUUAUCAGCCCGUAUCUUGGCCCGCUGCUCGCAGCUUUCCAGAUUGCCACCAAGCCAUGGCCGACUCCAUUCUGGGUCUAUACUGCUGAGACGGCCCUCGGCCUCGCUCUUACAAUUCUGUUAGUUGAGGAGACGUUCUAUGAUCGCAGAAUUCCCCAGGCGGAGCAACCUGACAGCGGCACGCGCGUUACACGACUCCUGGGAGUGGCCCAGUGGAAGUCGCGACACCUACGGAACACGAUCAGCCAGGCUUGCAUGCGUCCACUUCUCGCCCUCACCAAGCCCGUGGUCUUGAUCUCGUGCUGCUACUACUUCCUGACAUUCGCAUGGGUCGUCGGCAUCAACACGACGCUCUCGAUCUUCCUAGCGCCCCUCUACGGCUUCGGACCCAAGCAGAUCGGCUUCUUCUACUUCACGCCCGUCGUCGCGGUGAUCCUAGGCGAGACCGCCGGCCACUGGCUGCACGACAUGCUAGCAAAGCAGUACAUCCGCGCGCACAACGGGCGCUUCGAGCCCGAGGCUCGGCUGCGAGCCAUCGCCGUCGCGCUGCCCUUCAUGGUGGUCGGGCUCGUUCUCCUGGGCCAGUGUCUCGAGAACGGCUGGCACUACAUGGCCACGUCGGUGUCGUGGGGCCUGUACACGUUCGGCAUCAUGAUCACCACUGUCGCCGUCUCGUCGUAUAACCUCGACUGCUACCCUGAGGCUUCGGGCGAGGUCUCGGCCUGGGUCAAUAACUCGCGGACGCUCGGAGGGUUUGUGGUUAGUUAUUUUCAGGUCCGCUGGGCCGAGGCUUCGGGCACGAGGGUCAGCUUUGGUAUUCAGGCGGCGGUGUGCGCGGCGGCGUUCCUGCUGAUUGUGCUGCUUAUGGUCAAGGGGAAGGCGAUGAGGAUUUGGUCGGGGCCGCUGCGGUUUGCUACUACGUGA